UUUCCACCCCCGCCCCUCCCCACCCGUACAUCUCGCGCGCGCGCUGCUCCGGUCUCGCGCCCGUUCUUCGCCUCGCGUUGCAUUGGGAUGUUGGCGGCGGCGGGAGCAGCGGGCGGCAGUUGGUGGGUGACUGGAAAGGCGGCGGCGGCGGCGGCCGAGGCAGGGAGCGCGUGCCUCCAUCGCCCGUGAAAGGGGACGCGGAAGGACGCCGCUACUUCAGCCCCCCCCUUCGCCCCCGCCCCUUCCUCCUCGCAAAGCGCGCUGAGGGAGAGCGGGGCGGACUCUGCUCCUCCUCCUUCGCCGCGCGUUAGGCGGAGAGACAGCGAGGAGCCCGGGGAGCAACAUGGCGGAACACUCAGCCCCCGACCAGAAGCACAAGCCCGGUGCCUCCGCCGCGUCGUCAUCGUCGAACUCCGCCACCGGCUCCCAAGCGCUGGUCAACAGCAGAGGCUCCUCGGCGGCGGCGGCGACCAGUGCCGGGCCCCCGGCGGCCGGGGGCGGGCUGUCGGGGGGCCUGUCGCAACCGGCGGGCUGGCAGUCGCUGCUCUCCUUCACUAUCCUCUUCCUGGCCUGGCUGGCCGGUUUCAGCUCCAGGCUCUUCGCCGUCAUCCGCUUCGAGAGCAUCAUCCACGAGUUCGACCCCUGGUUUAAUUACAGAUCAACACAUCAUCUUGCAUCACAUGGAUUUUAUGAAUUCUUAAACUGGUUUGAUGAAAGAGCAUGGUAUCCACUAGGAAGAAUAGUAGGUGGAACUGUAUACCCAGGGUUGAUGGUGACGGCUGGCCUUAUACAUUGGAUUUUAAAUAUGCUUAACAUAACUGUCCACAUAAGAGAUGUAUGUGUGUUUCUAGCACCAGUUUUUAGCGGCCUUACAUCAAUAUCUACUUUCCUGCUUACCAGAGAACUGUGGAACCAGGGAGCAGGACUUCUCGCUUCUUGUUUUAUUGCUAUAGUACCAGGUUACAUAUCACGAUCAGUUGCAGGAUCUUUUGACAAUGAAGGGAUAGCUAUUUUUGCACUGCAGUUCACAUACUACUUGUGGGUGAAGUCUGUGAAAACUGGAUCAGUCUUCUGGACCAUAUGCUGCUGCCUAUCUUAUUUCUACAUGGUUUCUGCAUGGGGUGGUUAUGUUUUCAUCAUCAACCUUAUUCCACUGCAUGUAUUUGUGCUGCUGCUGAUGCAGAGAUACAGCAGGAGGGUCUAUAUAGCAUAUAGCACUUUCUAUAUUGUGGGUUUAAUAUUAUCCAUGCAGAUACCUUUUGUUGGAUUUCAACCAAUUAGAACAAGUGAGCACAUGGCAGCAGCAGGUGUUUUCGCACUGCUGCAAGCCUAUGCCUUCUUGCAAUAUAUGAGAGACAGAUUAACAAAGCAAGAAUUUCAAACCUUGUUCUUCUUGGGUAUAUCACUAGCUGCUGGAGUUGUAUUUCUGAGUGUCAUCUACUUAACAUAUACAGGUUACAUUGCACCAUGGAGUGGCAGGUUUUAUUCACUGUGGGACACUGGGUAUGCGAAAAUUCACAUCCCGAUCAUUGCUUCAGUGUCUGAACAUCAGCCUACAACAUGGGUUUCCUUCUUUUUUGAUCUCCAUAUUCUCGUGUGUACUUUCCCAGCAGGGCUGUGGUUCUGUAUCAAAAACAUCAAUGAUGAAAGAGUCUUUGUGGCUUUGUAUGCAAUCAGUGCAGUUUACUUUGCUGGAGUGAUGGUCCGCCUGAUGUUAACUUUAACUCCAGUGGUUUGUAUGUUGUCAGCAAUUGCUUUCUCAAAUGUUUUUGAACACUAUUUGGGUGAUGAUAUGAAGAGAGAGAAUCCACCAGUGGAAGAUAGCAGUGAUGAGGAUGAUAAAAGAAACCCAGGAAAUCUUUAUGAUAAGGCAGGUAAAGUGAGGAAACAUAUAUCUGAACAGGAAAAAACUGAAGAAGGUCUUGGUCCGAAUAUCAAGAGCAUUGUUACAAUGUUAAUGCUAAUGCUGUUGAUGAUGUUUGCCGUCCAUUGUACAUGGGUUACUAGCAAUGCCUACUCCAGUCCUAGUGUUGUUUUGGCAUCUUACAAUCAUGAUGGUACUCGAAACAUUUUGGAUGACUUCAGGGAAGCAUACUAUUGGCUAAGACAAAACACAGAUGAACAUGCCAGAGUAAUGUCUUGGUGGGAUUAUGGCUAUCAAAUAGCAGGAAUGGCAAAUCGGACUACUCUAGUUGACAAUAAUACAUGGAACAACAGCCACAUAGCCUUGGUAGGAAAAGCUAUGUCAUCAAAUGAGACAGCAGCAUAUGAAAUCAUGAGAAGUCUAGAUGUGGAUUAUGUAUUAAUAAUUUUUGGAGGUGUAAUUGGUUACUCUGGUGAUGAUAUCAACAAAUUCUUGUGGAUGGUGAGAAUAGCAGAAGGAGAACAUCCUAAAGAUAUCAGAGAAAGUGAUUAUUUUACUCCACAGGGAGAAUUUCGAGUUGAUAAAGCAGGCUCUCCAACAUUACUAAACUGCCUCAUGUAUAAAAUGUCAUAUUACAGAUUUGGGGAAAUGCAGCUGGACUUUCGGACACCCCCAGGAUUUGAUCGCACCCGCAAUGCAGAGAUUGGCAACAAGGACAUUAAGUUCAAACAUUUGGAAGAAGCCUUCACAUCAGAGCACUGGCUUGUUAGGAUAUAUAAAGUGAAACAACUAGACAACAGAGAGGCACUGGAUCAUAAGCCUAGACUAACCAACAUUUUACCAAAACAGAAGUAUUUGUCAAAAAAGACUGCCAAAAGGAAGCGUGGCUACAUUAAGAAUAAACUAAUUUUAAAGAAAGGCAAGAGACCCAACAGGAAGACAGUUUAAAUGCACUGUACUGAUUGCUAAUAUUGAAGCAGUUGUCCUUGAGAUAACCAGUCUUUGCCUUUAGCUCAAGUCAUGUUUCACAGCAACAUGAGGGUACAGAACCAUCAUUGGUCCAGAUUAUUGUACAAAAUUUUCAGGCAAUGUCUGACUUAACUUUUGGCUUAUUGAGAACAGCUGUUUUAGAUUUGUAUUUGGGAAGCAAGACAGAGCUGCUGUCCAGGUCUAGCAGCAGAUUUUUUUUAUUGGUACAUAUUACCUUUCCAACCUAUUCAAUUUGGACUGAUUGCACCAAAGAGCCCUUCAAUUCGGUCCUUGGCACAUGCAUACUUGUCAGUUUUUUAAGUUCAGCUGAACAGCAAUAUCUUAACUGGAAUGGUGAAAUAUAUGAGUAGUCUGGCACUUUCAGAAGUGGGGGUAUUUUUUAUAUUCAACUACUAGAACAAUUCCUUUUAAGGUUAUUUAUUUUACAAAACUUCACAAUGUGUACUCUUUCAUUGCUAUAAGUUGUGUUCAGGAUUUAAACCAAGUUGCAGUUUCAUUAAUUUCAAAACAGAUUAUAAAAUUGGACAGUGUAAUUUGUUUUAAGAGGUAGUCUUGCUGCCCUUAGCAGGUGUGUUCCUACAAUAUGAAUACCCAGGGACAGAUCUUGUUCAGGAUUUAAACUAAGUUGCAGUUUCAUUAAUUUCAAAACAGAUUAUAAAACUGGACAGUGUAAUUUGUGUUAAGAGGUAGUCUUGCUGCCCUUAUGCAGGUGUGUUCCUACAAUAUAAAUACCCAGGGACAGAUCUUGCAUGGAGUAAAUAGAUUUAAGGGCUACAUUUGUAUUUACAUCUGACAUGACAGUAAUGAAUGCUACUGAGCACCAUAGCAGCUGGUGUUUUCAGAACUUGCUUGUUUAGUUACGUGUUUACCCUACACAAUAAUUGGGCCUUUAAGGAAAAAAAUUGACAAGUAUCAAACAUACUGUGACAAUUAUGAAUACAGUGAGGUUUCUAAACCCUACCUGUCUUUUUCAUAAGGUUGGGUUCCUGGAAAUGACUAGCUCUCCUUAUCUUUGUUUAGUACUUCAGUUGAUGAAACUUCUGCCUGAAUAUGUGCUUUGUCUUUUAUAUUUUAUUGAAAAGACAACUUAUCAAGUGCACUAAAUUACAAAUGGAGACUGAACAUGUUCACUUUCCAGCUAUAGGUGACUUUACAAACUUGAACAUUAUUUAGUUAUUUUAAUAAAAUAAAUAUGGGGAUAAGAAUCACCCAACAACCACAGGUUAUAAUUUUGAUAUAGGAAAUGAUUUAUACCAGAUGCUUUGGUGUAAAGCAGAAUAAUAUGUACCUUCCAAACAAAAAACAAAGUAUCUGUUGCUCAGUGAGAAUGUUACUGCUGACUUUUCUUCUCAGAUGUAUAAUUUUUAUUUGUAAAUUUGUUUUUGAGUAAAGAGGUUAUUAAAAUCAAUAAUACAGUGGCAACAUUUUCACAAAAUAACAAUCUGGAUUUCUGACCCUUUGUCAUUGAGAUUAUAUUACUUUGUUGCUUUAAGGCUCAAUGCGAACCCGUUGUUGACUAGGGAAAAAUAAAGUUCAAUCAAGUUUUGUGUUAAAAAA